UUUAUUUUAUUUAUUUUUUUAGCUAUUCGCACUUUGAGAGAUUUAUCAUGUGGAAAUAACAUAAAUCUGACUCUUCUAUUUAUAAUCUCGCCGGUUUUGAGUGCAUUGCUUCACUAAUUCGAAUCGUCUCGUGCCUUAACGCAUGAGCGGUGAACCGAAUUGAUGUCUCCGCUGCGGUGCGCGUGCAUGGCGCGCGUUCGCGUCGGAUCUUGUUUGUGAACGCGCAGGGACUCGUGAGUUUAGUGUGUGAGCAUGACUGCGGAUCAGACAGCACUAGUUAGUCAGAUUUAGCUGCUGGUUUGAGGAGCUUGUCUCUGGGAAUAUGCAGAUGGAUCUUGAAGUGCAUCUCCAAAUGUUAUUAGCUGUUGGCCUGGCCAUUCUCUGUUUCUGCCUGGUGAUUGGCUGCAUCGUCUGCUGCUGGCACCAGAAGCCCCGCCCCUUGGAUGACAAAGAGGCGGGGCUUUCCUUACCCCCUCUACCUGCAGAUCAUGUGACGGUGACUAUAAGCCCCUCCCCUUCCAUCAACACCCUGCCAAUCAAACAGCAGUAUGAAGAGCUGGAUGGAGACGUUCUGGACUCUCCCUCAUUUAACAGCAGCUCGACGCCGUCUGAAGACGAUCUUUCUUUAGCAUCUCAUCCUGUGAAGUCUCGUUUCAGUCUGCGGCGGCUCAGCUCCCCCGCCGUUCCCUACAAAGCCUCUAAACCUGUCCGUAGUCGUUCCUCGCUCCCAAGCAUUCCUAAACUCAGCCUGGGUGGGAAGUCACGCCGGGUGAUUGAUCGUAAAAGCAGUGAUAAUGUAUCGUUUUCGGAAAGCAGCAAGCUUAACACCGACAGCGGCCGAUAUUACGGCUCCGCCUCUCACAAAGCCACACCUUCCCUUCACUUCACCCUUCAUUUCUCACCAGCAGAGGCCAAACUCACCGUCACCGUUCUGGGUCUCUACCGGGGCUCUAGGAAACUAAGUGGGACUACGGUGAGGGCCUGUCUGUCUCCGAUCUGCCUUGCACCAGAUUUGGGCGGCCCAAAGCGCAGACACAGCCUCAUUCCGGAGGCUCCGGAGCAGGUUUUCCAGCUGCAGGUGAGGUCAGCAGAGGAGCUCCAGUCCUGUACCCUCAGACUGACCGUGUCCAGCAGGGAUUUCUCUGGUCUGAGGGAGACGGCUUUGGGUGAACUCGAACUUCCAUGUGCUGAAAUCCACUGGGAACCCGACUGCACUGUCACUUUAAAUCGGCAGCUCAAUCCUGCGAGGAGGAGGCUGAGGAAGAGUCAGAGUUCCCAGGAUGCACCGGGGGACAUCAGUGCAGUGCGGUUCCUGGGUCUGAUCCUGAUUCUGCUGCAGUAUCAGACGCUGGCGCAUCGUAUGAAGGUGAUGGUGAGGAAAGCUGAGAACCUGCCCAAACUCACCAGGAUGCCUGGCACCCCAGAUCACUAUGUCAUCAUCAAUCUGCGUCAGGACGGUGAAGUCAUCAGCACUAAGGAGACGAAGGGCGCCAGUGGAGCGAACGCGGUUUGGAACGCACCCUUUCUGUUGGAUCUGCCGUCUGGUGACAUUAGCAAACUACCCCUGCUCCUGGAGAUCAUCGUGAUGCAGGGACGGCUGUACACGAAGAGUUGCAUUCUGGGUCGUGUUCUGAUUGGCUACGGAGGCUCUGAGGCGGGAAGGCAACACUGGGGCAAGAUGUGCAGCAGGCCGCAGGUGGAGACGGCUUGCUGGCACGAACUCCAACUAAACUCCUGAUAGGCUGGCAAAGCUUGAUUGACAUGCCCCUGAACCAAUCAGAUCGCUCACUGCUAUGCUUCUCAUUACUUCAUGGAUUUUUGGAUGGAACUGUGGAACCUGUUUUGAGGAGACCUAAGGAAAGUUUGUGUUGAAUUUGUUUGCAAAUAUCUCUAAUGUUACGGCAUCAUUGCAGGGUGUGUUUAUGGCUCAUUAACAAAAACAUCAGAUGUUGCUUUUGCACUAGUGAACUGAUCAGUGUUGCUGCUGUGAACUGAAACAAGUUUUUGGUAAUUGAAAUAAAUUCAAUUCAGUUCACAUUUAUUUUCAUAGCACUUCAAUUUAUUUCAUGUUUAUUUGUAUAGCUCUUUUCACGAUACAAAUCGUUGCAAGGCAGCAUCACAGGAAAUGUAAAUCUCUACAUAUUACAUUUAGGAAUAGCUUAUCUAAAAUAAAUACAAAUACAUUAAAAUAAAAUAAAAAAAUAUAGGAUGGGAAACCAAAACUUAAAAUUAAAAAU